UCCUCUCUCUCUCUCUCCCCGUAGAUAUCACUGAAAAAAGUCAGCGCCGUCGUUCUCUGCUCCCACAACCACCCUGAACAGUACCACCAAACACAGAGCCGGUUUCAGUUGGGCUCUGAAAUCAAUGGAAGACGAUGAUUGGGAUCUUUACGCGGUGGUGCGCAGCUGUAAAACUGUCACCACCACUAAAGCCUCCACCACCUCAACAACACCCAAUCCGGUUCACUACGACGGCUCAGAGCCCUCGUGGAUAUGGGAUUGGGUGAAGCGCGAGGAGGUGGUGGAGACUCAUAUCCCACCAGCCGGGUUUUCCAAUCUCGAGUCCAGUGCCGUUAAUGCUUUCUAUGGCUUGGAGGAGUUUUACCAACCCUUUCUCCCAAGCCCCACCGUUGAUGACACCACUACCACCACUGCUACUAGUAAUUAUGCUCCUGCUGGUUCUAUUAUUCCGAAUUCCACCACUUCCUUUAUCUCUAACUUUGGAGGAGGAUCUACUAGUAGUGGCCAACAACAACUACAACAACAGCAGAAUAAUUUUCUGCCUGCCAACACCAAGAGCCCUCAUUUCAACCCCGGAUUUACACCCGUUUCGGGCAUAGGGAGAUUCCCUGAACAACAUCUGCUAAAACAGCCCAAGCUCGAAAAGUCUGAGAAUCCGGAAGAGGUGGUUCCGAUGCUCAAGCCGGUCGCUUUUGUUGGUCCUUCCAUGCCGACCUUGCAAGUUCCAGCGCACCUCAUCCGACCAAGGAAGAGGAAGAGCCCGGUGAAGAAGAUGGUGUGCCAUUUGACAGCGGAGAAUCUCUCGUCAUCGGAUUUGUGGGCGUGGCGGAAAUAUGGUCAGAAACCUAUCAAAGGCUCUCCACAUCCGAGGAACUACUACCGCUGCAGCAGCUCAAAGGGUUGCUCAGCAAGAAAGCAAGUGGAGCGAAGCAACGAGGACCCUAACAUGUUUGUGGUUACAUACUGCGGAGACCACACGCAUCCUCGCCCGACUCACCGCAACUCUCUCGCCGGAAGCACCAGGACCAAGGCGGCAUUCACGACUACUUCCAAAUUACCCGAGUCGUCUCCCCCGGUUCAAUUGUUGCCAGCUGCUCAAGGUGGUGGUGAUGAUCAUGAUGAUGAACAAGGAGCUGCCAAUAACAACUCCGGCGAUGGGGACAAAGCUAGCGAGGAAGCCGAGGAUGAGGAAAUCGAAGAAGAUGAGGAGGAUGAGGAGUUUGUGGUCUCGUCGGAGGAGGACAUAUUCUUGGGGAUGAAGCAAUUAGGUAGAACUGGUUCUGGAGGUAGCACUCUGGGGUCUUUGGCUGCUGGAGCUUCUGGUGAUGGCUUUUCGACUAAGCAGUCGAAUUUGGGGUCUUCUUGGGGGGCUGGUUGCUCCUCCUCUGCCGAAGCCACCGUCAGCGGUGGCUGCUAGGUGAUUAAUAAGCUAGCCGACAGGUUAAUUGGGG